AUGUCCCUUCACAUGUCGGAUUUAGCUGUGCAGCAUUACUUGGUGGAUCAGCGGAUUGUCCGAAAAGCUGGUACAGCAACUUUUCCCUGCAUAUUUCCCCCCCACCAGAAUAUGUCGUUGACCAACACAAAGACGGGCUUUUCUGUAAAGGACAUUUUGGACCUUCCUGACACAAAUGACGAAGAAGGAUCUAUCACCGGAGCGGAGGAAGACACGGAGGGAUCGGAGACCACAUCCACGACAAAAAACACUGGAGUUUUGGUGCAAAGUCCUCUAGAAAACGUUCAAAAUCUGCCUUUAAAGAACCCCUUUUAUGACAGUAGUGACAAUCCUUACACACGAUGGCUUGCUACUACGGACAGUAUUCAAUAUUCAUUGCACGGUCUCUCCGCCAGCUCUCAGGACUCGGCCAAGUCCCCGGAGCCGUCCGCGGACGACGAAUCGCCGGACAACGACAAGGAAACUUCCAGCAGCGGCGGCAGCGACUCCGGCAAGAAGCGGAAAAGGAGGGUGUUGUUUUCCAAGGCGCAGACCUAUGAGCUGGAGCGCCGCUUCAGGCAGCAGAGGUACCUGUCCGCCCCGGAGAGGGAGCACCUGGCCAGCCUGAUCCGCCUCACCCCGACCCAAGUGAAGAUCUGGUUCCAGAACCACCGGUAUAAGAUGAAGAGAGCCCGGGCCGAGAAAGGUAUGGAAGUGACCCAUCUCCCUUCUCCCAGGCGGGUGGCCGUGCCCGUCUUAGUCAGGGAUGGAAAGCCUUGUCACACUCUUAAAGCUCAGGACUUGGCGGCCACUUUUCAGGCCGGGAUCCCCUUCUCGGCUUAUAGUGCCCAGUCACUCCAACACAUGCAGUAUAACGCGCAGUACAGCGCCGCGGCCACGCCACAGUUCCCCACAGCACAUCACUUGGUGCAAACGCAACAGUGGACUUGGUGAGAGAAAUUAUAGAGACUUGGCUUGGAGGCACGAUAGGGAG